CGGGGCCGAGCGCGGGGGCGGCGCUUCGGUUGCCGGGGCGGGCCGGGUGUCGCCAUCAUCGCCAUCAGCGCCGUCAUCAUCGUCACCAUCGCCAUGAGUCACUGAGUCACUGAGAAAAUUGAAGGAGCAGCAGACACGAAGCUGCGCACGUAAAAUAGUCAAGAUGAGAGAUAUGCUUUCAUUGCUGAAUGGUAUGACCCAAAUGCUUCACUCUUUCGACGUUACGAACUUCUGUACUAUCCAAAAGAUGGAUCAAUUGAAAUGUAUGAUAUGAAGAACCGCCGCACCUUUCUGAAGCGCACCCCGUAUGAGAGCUUACACCUCGAGGAUUUAUAUGUGGGAAGCAGAAUUACUGUUUUUUCCCGUCAUCUCUCCAUAGUGGACUAUGGGAAUCCAUAUACAUCUCGCAAGCUUGGGAGCCGCAAAGAGAGAACACUGGCUUUGAUUAAACCUGAUGCAAUGCACAAGAUUGGAGAAUUAAUUGAUAUCAUUAUUAAUUCAGGAUUGACAAUAACUAAAGCCAAAAUGAUGCUGCUUUCAAGAAAAGAAGCAGCUGAUUUCUACGUAGACCAUCGAGCAAAACCUUUUUAUCAUGAGCUUCUCCAGUUCAUAACGAGUGGUCCCGUUCUUGCUAUGGAGAUCUUAGGAGACGAUGCAGUUAGUAAGUGGAAAGCAAUAGUGGGGCCAGCAAACCCUGCAACAACUGAAAGUGAUACACUGGACAGCAUCAGAGAGAACUUUGGACAUGGUGGCCUAAGAAAUGCAGCUCAUGGCCCAGAUUCAGUUGCUUCAGCUGCUAAAGAGCUGGAGUUGUUCUUUCCCUCCAGUGGGGGUCGUGGACCAGUGAGCAGUGCAACAUUCACAAACUGUACUUGUUGCAUUAUUAAGCCUCAUGCUGUUAAUGAAGGGCUUGCUGGAAAGAUUAUAAAAGCCAUCCUCAAGGGAGGAUUUCAGAUCUCAGCUUUGCAGAUGUUCAACAUGGAGCGUCCAAAUGCGGAAGAAUUUUAUGAGAUUUACAAAGGUGUUGUCCCUGAAUACCUGGAGAUGGUUUCAGAGUUGUGUUCAGGGCCUUGCAUAGCAAUGGAGAUUACACCAUCCGAGCCUCCAAAAGUGUUCAGAGACUUCUGUGGUCCUUCUGAUCCUGAAUUAGCCCGUCACCUCCGACCUGGAACUCUGCGUGCUGUCUUUGGGAAGGACAAGAUUCAGAAUGCUGUUCACUGCACAGACCUUCCUGAAGAUGGGCUUUUGGAGGUGCAGUACUUCUUCAAGAUUCUGGACAACUAACAGCCUCCAUCCUCACCCCUUGCAAAAGACGCACACAGAACAGUGUGUUCAUUCAUUUAUUUGUCCAAUGUUUCAACCUGACUGAAAUACAAGAUCAACAAGAGCACUGUACUCCUGGCUAUUAUUACAUGUUAGAACAUAGAGUUUUGCACUUUAGACAACAUUUAACACCAUUCUAUGGGGUACUGCAUUGCUUUUAUAAAGUUUAAAAUAAAGUUUUAUUUUCAAACAUGUGACUUUGGUUUAUUUCAUACAUUACACUUUCUUGCAGAAAAAAUAAAAUUGUACAACUGCAUAAAUAUAAAAUUCUUCCACCAUGAAAAUGGCUAAAACAUUCAAUAAAGACAUUAGCACCACAGUGUGCGAUGCCUUCAGCAGGAAAAAAAAAAAAAAAAAAGAGAAAGAAAAGAAAA